CACCGUCACUGUCAGUGUCACCGUCACCAUCACCAUCUCCCAACACCCCCAACCAAUUAUUGAUCAACAAAUAAUCAGUUAAUCUCCCGAAACUUUAUUUCACAAUGAUCACGCAUAUCGUCCAAUUCCAAUUCAAGUCCUCGGUUGCUCCUGAAAAAGUCCAGGAGAUAUGCGCCCACCUCGUCUCCCUGAAAGAUAAGUGUCUGCAUCCUACUACGCAGCAGCCUUACAUCAAGUCCUUCAAGGCAGGCAAGCAGGACUCGCCGGAAGGAAUGCAUAAUGGCAUCACCCAUGUUUUUGUGAUGGAGCUUGAGAACAACGAGGACCGCGAGUAUUAUCUCACCAAAGACCCGGCACAUCUGGGCUUCGUCAAGUCGAUCGAUGGUUUGAUUGAAAAGGCUCAAGUGGUGGAUUUCACCGAGGGUGUUUUCUAAUCCUUGUGAUGAUCAUGAUCAUUGAUGACAUGUAUAUAGAUGCAGCGACAGUGAAAUCAUUUGAUGCUAGCCUUCUGGUCCACCUUUUGUCCGGAUAAUAUACUCACAAAUUAAUCCACCCGCUCCUCGCGUGUCAGGAUCCAGCU